AUGACGAGUGGUAUGACUGCUGGCGAGCCCCUCUCCAAUGGGGUCAAUCCUGGUGACAGCAAGAAGAAGGUCGCCUACUUCUACGACUCCGACGUGGGUAACUAUGCUUAUGUCUCCGGCCACCCCAUGAAGCCGCAUCGCAUUCGCAUGACCCACAGUCUGGUCAUGAACUAUGGCCUCUACAAGAAGAUGGAGAUUUAUCGCGCGAAACCAGCCUCAAAAUACGAAAUGACACAAUUCCACACCGACGAAUAUAUCGACUUCCUGUCCAAGGUGACUCCCGAUAACAUGGACCAUUUCUCUAAAGAGCAAAGCCGAUACAACGUGGGUGACGACUGCCCGGUAUUCGAUGGUCUAUUUGAAUUCUGCGGAAUCAGUGCCGGUGGUAGUAUGGAGGGCGCAGCGCGCUUGAACCGUAACAAAUGCGACGUCGCUGUCAACUGGGCUGGUGGUCUGCAUCACGCGAAGAAGAGCGAAGCUAGUGGCUUUUGCUACGUGAACGAUAUUGUUCUCGGAAUUCUUGAGCUUCUGCGAUUCAAGCAAAGGGUGCUUUACGUCGAUAUUGACGUUCAUCACGGUGAUGGUGUUGAGGAGGCCUUUUACACAACCGAUCGCGUCAUGACCGUCUCCUUCCACAAGUACGGCGAAUACUUUCCCGGUACUGGUGAAUUGCGCGAUAUCGGUGUCGGCUCCGGCAAGUACUAUGCCGUCAAUUUUCCCCUGCGCGAUGGUAUCAACGAUGUCUCCUACAAGAGUAUCUUCGAGCCGGUGAUCAAGAGCGUCAUGGAAUGGUACCGCCCAGAAGCCGUGGUCCUGCAGUGUGGUGGUGACAGUCUGUCUGGUGAUCGUUUGGGUUGUUUCAAUCUGAGUAUGCGCGGCCACGCCAACUGCGUCAACUUCAUUAAGAGCUUUGAUCUGCCCACCCUGAUCCUCGGUGGCGGUGGUUACACCAUGCGCAAUGUCGCCCGUACUUGGGCCUACGAAACCGGUAUUCUCGUCGGUGAUAAUCUGGAUUCUGAACUUCCUUACAAUGACUAUUACGAGUAUUUCGCUCCGGACUAUGAGCUUGAUGUCCGUCCUUCAAACAUGGACAAUGCGAACACAAAAGAUUACUUGGACAAGAUUCGUAGCCAAGUUGUCGAGAACCUCAAACGCACAUCAUUUGCCCCCUCGGUCCAGAUGACUGACGUACCACGCAAUCCGCUCUUGGACGGCAUGGAUGACGACGCUGACGAUGUUCUUGAUGAUCUCGACGAAGAUGAGAACAAAGAUAAGCGAUUUACUCAACGUCGCUUCGAUCAAUACGUGGAGAAGCCUGGAGAGCUCAGCGAGAGCGAGGACGAGGAAGAAGCCGCUGCCAAUGGUGUGCGUCGUCAGCCGGGUGCUAUGCGCCGCCGCAACAUCACUAACUACCGAAAUCUUGACCCUGGGGACUCUGGUUUGGAUAGCGGCAUGGCAACCCCGCUAGAGGCUUCAUCUGUCGGCGACGGUGAUAUUGAUAGCGCUUUGGAUACAAAGAUGACCGAUGCCCCCCGAACGGACCCCGAUGUGUCUGCUGCUGGUGCGACCUCGCAAGGCCAGGACACCCCUGUCACUGAUACUGAUCGAAUGGUUGUGGAGGGUGAGAGCAAUGGUGUCUCUGCUGCAGUUUCUCAGCAACCCUCGCCCUUGGCACACGAUGAAGACACUGCUAUGGAAGAUGCUGCCCCCACGUCUGCUCCAGAACAGUCUGAGCGUACGAAUGAGGCACAGGAAAAGAAGCCUGAAAUUUUGCCUGUUACGGAUGACGCAUACAAGGCCCCUCUGUCCCCUCUUCGCGCUCAAUCCCCUCCAAAGGAGUCAUCUGCAUCUGCAGAGAAUGGACCUGAAGCCUCAGCUCAGGAGGCUGCCUCCGCUGCUGACUUGGAGGUGGCUAAGGCUGCCACGACUGAAUAUGUCGAACCCAAGAAGGAGGAUUAA